AUGAGAGCGAAGAGACAGUCUGAGAGUGUACUCCUUCUCCUCCAGCCUCCUCCCUUCUCCUUCCUCCUCCUGCUGCUGGGCUUCCUCCUCCAUUCGGUCUGGGUGGACGCCUUCUCCACCGCUCCUACCUGCAGGCAGACUCUUGCGAACCUCGUCGCAGCUGGUCCGUACCACUCGUGCGCAAGGAACUGGUCGAGCGGGUCCGCCAGCGUGACGUGCUGGGGAUGGAAUGAGUUCGGGCAACUCGAAGCUCCAACGGGGAUCCCCUUUGCACAGAUUUCCUGCGGAUCUCGACACUCCUGCGGGAUAGGAACAAAGACGCAGAUCACGUCUUGUCUCGGAGGGAUUUAUGACGCAAGGAUCUGCUCUGACGAUGCUGCCCUGAUCGCAGCCAGUGCCGUGUCAUACCAGACUUGCAAGUGCCUGAACAGGACGAUUCAAGCAAAGGACCAGCCGUUCGAGCUGACGAGAGAUAAUACGUGCUCCUCCGCCCCUGCGUCUUCCCUCUACCUGAACAAGCUUCCGGUGCUCAUCUCGGCUGGUGGCAUCCACACUUGUGUGGUGUGGAUUGACGGAACGGUCUCCUGCUUCGGGGCCAACAACUUCAACCAGUCUAUCGUGCCGGACGACUUGCAGAAGGGGUGGACAAGCAACGUUGGAGUCAUCGCGAUAUCAUGUGGGCUGCAUCACACCUGUGCAAUCGUAUCCAGUGGUGGCUUCUCCUCCUCCUAUGGUCGACUGAGAUGCUGGGGCUCCAACCAAUUCAACCAAACGGACGCGCCGCAGGACCUGCUUGUGUCGCAUGUUUCAUCGGGAGCACAACACACUUGUGCCAUAACCCACGAGAAGUCAGAGAUCAUAUGCUGGGGAUCGAAUGAGUACGGGCAGGCUGCUCCUCCCGCCCUGACGUUGGGCCAGAAGUUCGUCCAGCUCUCUUGUGGGAUGAGCUACACCUGCGCGCUCCGGGUGGAUCAGGCAGGCAUCGAGGACGGGAUCGGCUUCCUCGUCUGCUUCGGAAACUUCAGCGGGCAUGUCAACCCCAAGCCAGGAAGCGUCGUCCGCGAGCGCAGCAGCAUUGCCGUCGGACACUCGCAUGCCUGCAUCACUGACGCUGUUGACGGCCUGGUGAGCUGCUGGAGGGGAGACUUCGCCACCAACGUCCCGGAUGGGAUCACAGUCGUUCCUGCGCCCUCAGCAGACUGGAGAACCCUGGUCUCCAAGAAUCGUAGACCGUUGCCGUUCAUGUUCAGCCGUGACUGGUCGCCAAAAGACACGAGGGUUUGCCCUCACGCUUUCAAGGAGGAAUGA